CUGCAGCAGUAAUCCAGUACACCCACCUCGGCCUUCCCAGGUUAUAGUGCUAGUGUCUACCUGAUCGUCUGGUUUCCUACCUCGGCAUGUCGUACGUGCUAUGCUGCUUUAAGUGGUGCGGAGAUGGUGGUUCUGGACAUAUACAGCUUAAAGAGAUGCCAGCGGUACAGCUGGACACCCAACACAUGGGAACAGAUGUUGUGAUCGUCAAAAGUGGAAGAAGAAUCUGUGGUACAGGUGCCUGCCUUGCCAAUGCACCGCUGCAUCAGAACAAAAGCUACUUUGAAUUUAAAGUCCAGUCCACAGGUGUUUGGGGUGUUGGAGUGGCAACACAAAAAGCAAACUUGAAUCAGAUACCUCUUGGUCGAGAUGUGCACAGCCUUGUGAUGAGAAAUGAUGGUGCUAUUUAUCACAAUAAUGAAGAAAAGAACAGAUUACCUGCAAACAAUUUACCCCAAGAGGGCGAUGUUGUGGGUAUCACGUAUGAUCAUGUUGAAUUAAAUGUAUAUUUAAAUGGAAAAAAUAUGCAUUGUCCAGCUUCAGGAAUCCGAGGAACAGUUUAUCCUGUUGUUUAUGUUGAUGACAGUGCAAUUUUGGAUUGUCAGUUCAGUGAGUUUUAUCAUACGCCUCCAGCCGGAUUUGAGAAAAUCUUAUUUGAGCAACAAAUCUUUUGAAGAUUGGACCUCUGCAACAUUCCCAAAGCGAUUAUAUAUAUAUUUUUUGUUUGUUUGUUUUCCUAAUCUACAAAUUGCUGCACGAUACCUACUGAAAAUGUGCUUUGUAUUUUAAACCCUCCUGGCUUGGGCCUACAUCACUUUCAAUAUGUUAAAUAUGUGUGUAAAGUUUUUAUUAUCAGGUGUCCGCCUUGGAGAAUAUCUUCAGAUGGUGUAUGUUGAUUAUUUUUGAUGUGUAGUUUGCUGUCAGAUGGCCUUGUAUCUUUAUAUUGAAAUAUAAUGUAUUGGGUGACUAACAAACAUUCAGUAUUAAAUUAUAAUUUGUUGUUGUUUUUCCAAGUCCAAUUUAAUUUCCUACCCUUUCAACCAGAAUUAACAUGUUGGUUUUACACAAAUUCAUGCACCCGUGAUCCUAACUCUGUUUAGGUAUGUGCUGUAUUUCAGAUCGUUGGUUCUGUUUUAAAGUUAAACACUACUGGUCUCUGAUAGCUUAAACCCCAGAGUGCCUUUUAAAAAGCUUUACUCAUUUCCUGUUUAAACAAUGUGAGGGUAGAUAACUGCCCUACUGUUGAGUAUUAGAAACCAUAAUGUGCCUGGAUGGAUUUUUUGCGAACUAUGUACUGAAAUGCAGACCUACAACAACACUAAUGCAGGAAACAUAACCUUCAAACUAAAUUAUUAAAAUGUAUAAAUAGAAAACAACUCCACUGAUAGAUUAAUAGUACCCGCUGUAAGUCUCGAUUUCUGUCAUUUUAUUAUAAUCUUAUUUUCUCCAAAAGGCCACAUUUUAUGCUCAAAACCGAUUUCCUUUUUAAAAUGUUUAUAUAUCAUAAAACCAAUUUCCAGUGUACUUUCAUUAUUUAUUGUACCCAAUUUUAUUGUAAAUAAAGUCUGAAAAUGGUUUUUCCCUUCAGAACUUUGACCCUGCAACAUUCUAUGCAAUGAUUUGCAUAAGUGCAAUAUGGUUUUUUUUAUCUAUAUCUUUCCAUAAUUAUUUACAUCAAUGUUUUCCAACUCGUCCUCAGGACCCAAUAAUAAGUCAGAUGUUCAGUAUUAGCUUGGUUGAGAACAGGUUCAAUAUCGCUUGUGCUUAACUCAAGAUAUCCUGAAAACCUGGCAUGUUAGUGGUUUGUUUGGACUGGGGUUGGGGAAACCUCAAUCUACCACAUACGGUUUAAGAUUAAAAACACUGAAGAGUUUGUGUUUCUCUGGAUUGCAAAACUAUGCAAAUUUUACUAACAAAAUGACUGUUUUGAAUAUUUUUAAAACAUUUGCUUUGUAUGCAGCUCUUUUGCAAUGCAGUAAUUAAAGGGAUUUAAAUCGGUAAAUACAUGCUAGAUCUAAUGAUUUAUUCAAAGCAAAGAAUAACCUUAGAAUAAAUUAUAUGUAGAUUGUUUAAAUAUUGAAUAUAUAUGUGUAAAGAUUUAGGUUCUAUACAGUACUUUAGUUUGUAAAAGGUAGUGUGCUCCACCAUGUUUAAAAGUAAGUUUCCCCAGGACUUUUUUUUAGUGGGUGCCCCACCCGGGUAAAAUUUUAGACAAUGUCGAGCUAAAAUUCACUAAUAUUAAAUGUUACAUUUUUAUUGCACAAAUUAUAAUUAAAUACAUUUUAUGUUAAAUGUAUGCAAUCAAUUUGUGCUUUGCAUAGCAGAACAUUUAUAUAAUAAAAAAAAUACACUGCCCCCAUUUGACUACUUCAUAAUGCCACCUGGCUGGCAACAUUUUCUGUACAGAACACUGUUUCUUUUAUUUAUCUCUCCUGCUGUGGACAAUUAGAAACAGAUCUAAAACAGGCAAUUAAAGAAACUGUGCAACCAAGGCGGUGUGGAAACCCUGUUAAUUGCUUUAAAAUCCCUUUGUUCCACACAGCCAUAUUUGUAUAGUCUAUUUUAUUACCUGAUUUAUCUGUCCCUAAUUGUUCUCAGCAAGAGAAAGAGCUAAAGGGGAAAACAUUGAUGAAAGUUAUAUAUAGUGUAUAUAUCAAAAUAUUUUCCUUUUUAAUGAGAUAUAUAUAUAUAUAUAUAUAUAUUCUCAUCUAAGAACAUUAGCAAAACCAUAUAACCUUACAUUUAAAGGGACAGUCAAGUUGUUUAAAAAGAUAGAUAAUCCCUUCAUUACCAAUUCCCACGUAUUGCAUAACCAACACGGUUAUAUUCAUAUACUUUUUAACCUCUGUUUAACUUGUAUCUAAGCAUCUUCUGACAGCCCCCGGAUCACAUGACAUUUUAUUUAUUAUCUAUUGACUUUCAUUUUAGCCAAUUAGUGCAGUGUCUGCCACAAGCUACAUGCCUGAUAACAAUGUUAUCUAUAUAGCUGUCCUGAACUAGCUCUCCCCUGUUGUGAAAAGCAAAUAAAAAAAGCAUGGGAUAAGAGGCGGCCUUCAAGGGCUUAGAAAUUAUCAUAUGAUCCUUCCUAGGUUUAGCUUUAAACAAAGAAUACCAAGAGAACAAAGCAAAAUUGGUGAUAAAAGUGAAUUGGAAAGUUGUUUAAAAUUGCAUGCCCUUUUUAAAACAUGAAAGUUUAGGGGGGUUUUGGACUUAACUGUAACUUUAAGGAUGUUUUCCUGUUUGUUUGUUUUCCAUAGUUCAUCAGCAGAAUUUGAGUGUGCGACUGUUUAACUUGGCUUGUGUUUUGUUUUGUUUUUUGUGAGCUUAACUUUAUAUUUGCAAGGGAACUGUAAUAUACUAAUGCCCCGAUUCUAAAAAAUAAAAUAAAAAUUCUGGUAAAAAACCAGUGUUCCCUCUAAGGCCAGUUUUGUGAGUGACCUAGCAGUGAAACAGAGCAAUUGGCAAACACUACACAGUACAGACUGCAAGGUGUGGUUACCUUAUUAACUGUUUCACUGCUGGGCCAAUCACAAAACUGGCAUCAGAGGAAACAUUGGUCAAGACGUGCUUUUCCACUCCAACACUCGCAGGGGCAGCCCUCAUCAUGGAAUUCUAUUAAAAAAAAAUAAAGGGGCUGUCCCUGUGAGUGGCAAGAUUUCUCCCAUACAAAUAAGAGCUCUCUGCUAUGUAAACGUUUUCAAUGGAGGGCAGAGUGGGAAACCCAGCAUGUUUGUAAACUUAUUACACUUAAAGGGACAGGCGACACCAGAAUUUUUGUUCUUUUAAAAGAAAGACGAUCCCUUUUAUUAUCCAUUCCCCAGUUUUGCAUAACCAACACCGUUUUAGAAAUACACUUUUUACCUCUGUGAUUAUCUUGUAUCUAAGCCUCUGCAAACUGCCCCCUUAUUUCAGGUCUUUUGACAGACUUGCAUUUUAGCCAAUCAGUGCUCACUCCAGGGUAACUUCACGUGCAUGAGCUCAAUGUUAUCUAUAUGAAACACAUGAACUAAUGCCCUCUAGUGGUCAAAAAGCAGUAGUAGUCUUUAAGGUCUAAGAAAUUAGCAUAUAAACCUCCUAGGUUUAGCUUUCAACUAAGAAUACCAAGAGAACAAAGCAAAAUUGGUGAUAAAAGUAAAUUGGAAAGUUGUUUAAAAUUUCAUGCCCUAUUUAAAUCAUGACAGUUUUUUUUUCGACUUAAAGGGACCCUCAGGUUAAAUUAAAUUUUCAUGAUUUAGAUACAGCAUGUAAUUUUAAACAACUUCACAAUUUACUUCCAUUAAAAAAAUGUGCACAGUAUUUUAUAUUUACAAUUUGAGUCACAAGAUCCUACUGAGCAUCUGCAAGAAUUCAGACUAUACAUAUAUGCAUUUGUGAUUGGCUGAUUGCUAUGACAUGGUACAAGGGGAGUGGAAAUAUACAUAACUUUGAAAUUUGUUAUAAAAAAAAUCUACCACUCAUUUGAAGUUGACUAAGUGCUAUUGCAUUGUCUUGUUAUCUUGCAUUUGUUGAUUAUGCAAAUCUAAUGUGUUGACUGGUCCUUUAACUGUCCUAUUACUACAAAUAAAAUUACUGUUUUUAGUACACUACCUUAAAUUUGCUGUAAUUUUCAUAUGCAUAGGUUUUCCUUUCAGAAUAAUUUAGAGUUUUGGGUAUUUUGAUGAAAACUUGCCUCUUUAACUUGUGAGUAAAUGUUUAUAGAAAUAGGCAGGGAUUUAAGAGAACAUUUCAUGUACGCCCAUAUUCAUCCCAUUUUAUGAAAAUUACGCUUUGUAUUUUGCACAUCCAGUGUACUUAAAGGGACAGUCUACACCAGAAUUUUUAUUGUUUUAAAAGAUAGAUAAUCCCUUUAUUACCCAUUCCCCAGUUUUGCAUAACCAACACAGUUAUAAUAAUAUGCUUUUAACCUCUGUGAUUAUCUUGUAUCUAAGACUCUGCAAACUGCCCCUUUUUUCAGUUAUUUUGACAGACAUGCAGUCUAGCCAAUCAGUGCCUGCUCCCAGAUAACUUCUCGUGCACGAGCACAGUGUUAUCUAUAUGAAAUAUGUGAACUAACACCCUCUAAUGGUGAAAAACUGUUAAAAUGCAAUCUGAAAGAGGUGGGCUUCAAGGUCUAAGAAAUUGGCAUAUGAACCUCCUAGGUUAAGCUUUCAACUAAGAAUACCAAGAGAACAAAGCAAGAUUGGUGAUAAAAGUAAAUUGGAAAAUUGUUUAAAAUUACAUGCUCUAUCUGAAUCAUGAAAGUUUAUUUUGGCCUAGACUGUCCCUUUAAAUUGCAAGUUACACUGUGCAUGGUUAAUACAAUUGUUUCUAGGCUUGUCACCUCAGCCAUGUUUUCCUGGACACUAAUGAGUUACACAUAUUCACUAGCACUAUUCAUAUUCCUCCCUGCAGCAUGUGUAACUUAUAAGUGUUCUGAAUUUAAAGGGACGGGUGGCAAACCUAAUUGUUUCCUGUGUAAGUCACCUACAAGUUUUAUGUUUUUUUUUAAAUGUUUUUUGGUGAACAAUGUCAUUACAAAUGUUGAUGCACCUUAACAAUACAAUUUAUUUUCUGAAUAUUUUUAUGUAAAUGAUUCCCUUUUAUAAGAUUUUUUUUUUCCUCUAAAUUACGAAUUUUAUGCAUCUCUUACCACACGAAAAUGCAGUAUAUGCCCAUUUGCAAGACGCUCUGUUUUCAGGGUAAAAAGUUCCUUUAUAUAAUUUCACCAGCGAAAUAGGACUGGUGCGCAUUCUUAUAGCAUCUCAUCUGCCCAGAGAUCUUUUUAGAAUAGUGGCCCCUAAGCAACCUAAACCAGUUUUUCUUAACUCCAAUCCGCAUACCCCUAACAGACCUGAUUUUCAUUAUAUCUUAAAGGGACAGUAUACACUCAUUUUCAUAUAACUGCAUGUAAUAGACACUACUAUGAAGAAUAAGAUGCACAGAUACUGAUAUAAAAAUCCAGUAUAAAACUGUUUAAAAAGUUACUUAGAAGCUGUCAGUUUGGCUCUGUUGAAAAGGCAGCUGGAAAGCCCACUACAAGUGGCAAAUAAGACACUCCCCCCUCCCCCUUCUUUUGCAUAUGGAAAGACACUUUACACAAACCGGAGCAAGCUGGAGAAGGUAGCUGACGGUAUUCACAUAAAACUUUGGGGUUUGGUUAGGAGUCUGAAAAUCAAAGCAAUGUUAUUUAAAAAUAAGCAAAAUUAUACAUUUAUUUAAAAAAAAAAAAAAAAACUUUAUGGGCUAUAUAAAUAGAUCAUUUACAAAACAUUUAUGCAAAGAAAAAAUGAGUGUAUAAUGUCCCUUUAAGUAGAGCACAGUUGAAAUAAUCAGCUUAUCAGUAACCAUGGUUACUAACCUACUCUUACCUAUCAGCUCACCUAUACUGCAGCUCAGACAUCAGGAAAAUCUGGCCUGUUGGGGGGGGUCCCUAGGACUGGAAUUGAGAAACACUAAUCUUAAACAAUAAGGCUGCUGUGAAUACUGGAAACGGUUGUUUCUUGCACGUGUAAUAAAUAUACCUUAAACACUAAAUCAAUUCUAGAUAGAAUGAUGUAUUCAAAGCAAAAAUAUGCAGAUGUAUUUUUAAAAUAUUACUUGUUUAUAUUGAAAAAAAUAAAUGUAAAGUGUUAGUCCGUAAAGCAGUGGGCGACUGCCAUAUUGUAGGUUUCCUUUUCUGCUGAGGUCAAUUAGGGGAAAAUGUAUAAAUCAGUUACUAGAGUGUACAACCAAUGACUGAGCAUGGUGUAGCAGAAGUCUGCACUUCCACUUUUAACAUAAAUUGGAAAGCCCACAAUUCUCUGAAUUAAAUUACAGGAAAAGAGUACAAAAUAACUUUGAGUAUAUCGCAAAAUUGAUUUCAAUAAACAAAGUGAGUAGUAAAACAAAGUAUUUAAUGUCCCUUUAACGAGUAACAGUAUAGUAUUGGACACAGCCUCUUCUCAUAAAUGGACAAUUUUAUUAAUAUAUUAAACAUUGCACAAUGGGGAUUUUUUUCAGGUAUAUCAGUCGCCAAAAUCCCUCUAAUGCUGUAAAUAUUUUGUUUGUGGAAUACAAUAAUAUUUGUAAUAUGUAAUAAAAAAAAUAAUUGAGGGUUCCCUACACUGUGGUACACUCACUGUGUGUUAGUGCCUCUAUUAUAUGUCUGAUUUUGAGCAUGUGCUGCCUAGGUUAGAUUUUGUAAAAUAACUAAUAAUUGAUACUUUUUGUAAUUCAUAUAUUCCUUAUGUAAAGCAAGUCUGUCUACUGAGAAACACUCAUGAUGUUAAAUAUUUUUAUGACAUAUUGCAAUUUUACACUAAGGAGACACUUUGGAAAACCUGAAAAUAUAAUGGUCUAGUAAUCGUAUAUUUUUUUAUAUGCACACAAUUUCUAAGGCACCAGCUGCUACUGAGCAUGUGUUAGAGUGCAGAGUAUAUCAAUUUUGUUAUUGGCUGGUGGCUGUCACAUGAUACGUGGGAGGGAAAAUGGAAUUAAUGUUGAAAUUUGCCCGAAAAAAUAAAUCUGCUACUCAUUUGAAAAUCAAAGUAAGUGCUAUUGCAUUGUAGUUUUAUUAUAUAUUUGAUUAGGCAAUUGUACUAUAUUUACUGGUCCUUUUUAAAGGGAAAUUAAAGUCAAAAUUCAUGAUUCAGAUAUAAAAUGCAAUUUAAAUAAAAAUCCAAUGUACUUCUGUUCUGAAA